AUGCCCGUUUUGGCGCUGACAAGCUACCUCUCUGAGACAGCUCCUCCUGCUCCAGAUAAACUCAACCUAGAUGUCGACAUUGACCAGGACGAAGAAAGCAUGCUGGGAGGUCUUAUAUGCAAACCACAUCAGAGAAAGCGCCCGCGAUACUUGUCAGCAGACCAUACGAGUUCACAGAGCCGGGAAGCUCCUCGCGAGUGCCGUCUUAAUGACGAAGCAUCUGCGUUAACAGAUUUGCAAAAUUGUCAGCCCGUCGCUGUGUCGGAUGACCAGACUCAGAUUCCAAUCCUUCACCCUGGAAGACAGUGGGAGACCGAUGUCGAAGUUGCAUCAGAGGCUCUGAUAGAGAAUUCCCAGAAGGAAUCCAUCGGAUCUCCCGAAUAUGUAGCCACGACGGAAAGCCAUGUGGGUAGGAGCGACUAUAUUGGGAACGACGACAUCAGAUUUCGCGAGGAAAUGGUGCAGGUUCAGAGUGAUACCUCACUAUUAUCCCAGACAGAUUCUGAACUACUUCAACUACAAAAAGCUUUCGAGUUGCCGCAGAGGUCUGUACUUGCAAGUCUGAUCGACAGCUAUUUCAAGUAUUGUUCUCCAUGGACGCCUGUGCUCGAGUGUUCGGAUGUGGCAGAACUCCAGGCCAAUGGAACGUCUCCUCUCUUACUCAACGCCGUGCUUCUGGCCGGUAGCAGGGUAGCAUCAAGCGAUAUUUUAGCGGCUUCUGCGGAGGAAUUCUAUCGGAAAGCCAGGUUGCUGUUCAUUUUGGGUCAUGAAACAGACGCGCUUACCUGCAUCAUCGCCGUUACGUUGCUUCAAUGGUACAAUCCCACAGGUCCAGAGCAUAUCUCAACUAGUACAAGUGGGUUUUGGGUGCGCAUUGCGGCGGGAUUGGCGUACCAACUCGGACUACACAGGGAGGCUACCACGCAAAAGGACAGGUGCCUCCGACGCAGGCUAUGGUGGUCAAUUGUGUGCCGCGACGAUAUCAUAUCCAUAGGAACAGGGCGACCAAGGACAAUUAACCUUGACGACAGCGAUGUGCCUUCUCUAAGCACCAGUGAUUUCCAAAAUCCUGGCAGCAGAGCACGCUUAUUCAUGGCAUUUUCUGGCAUUGUUCGUCUUCUGGCAGAUUUGACAGAAAACAUUCGGCGGAAGAGUAUGACGGUAAAGACACAGACCUCCUUGGAGAAUGCCCUUUACCGCUGGGUCAAAAGCCUGCCGAUAGAAUUUCAACCCUUUCAUGGGUCGCCGAAGAUGUUGGCAUCCUACAACUUUGAAGGGAGACAGCUCUUGGUCCCUUAUUUUGUGUCCCUAUUUAUUCUGUCUCGACAUUCGGCUUCGCGAAAGCGGUCCAUACGUAUAUCGUUCAUCGCAUCCUCUUUCGUGGCUGGGAUUUUCGAAGAUCUCCUCAACAGAGGCGAGCUAUGCCAUUGCGGGCCAGUAUUUACAUUUUACGCUUUUGCAGCUGGUCUUGCUCAGGUGCUGGCCUUGCGAUACAGGUGCCUCGCGGAGAGUGCAGAAGAAUCAUUGUCCAUCAUUCUAUCAUCUUUGACAGAAAUGAAGAAGAGAUGGGGCUCCGCACAGGGUGCCCUAGCCGCUUUAGCCGAGAUGAAGAGGCUCGCAUACCAGAGUCCAAGCCUCGCUGAUGUGCCUGAUAAUGAUGUUGGAAGGCUUGCGCCAUUUGUUGAGGAUUUUGGUCCAGAACUAUGCAAACAGUACCAUCUCUUGGAACAGGAUAGCUCUGCUGCGGAGACUCUUCUCCCACCACCAUCAUUACACCCAAGCUCAGUCUCAACCAACAUCGUCCAUGGCUACCAACCAUCUGAUACGCAAGACGGCCGGGUUGGGCAUAACAACGGUCUACUUGCAGGUCAGAGCAACCUGUUCUUCAGCGACUUGGAUCCUUUUGGGAGCUGGGUUGACGACUUGGAACUAGGCCUGAUGACGUAUUAG